GAAAAAAAAAAGGAAAGAAAGAGCUUGAGAACACGUUUCUUUGGUUAAGUUCUUCAAUGACGGGAAGAAUUGGGAACGGAGAAGAAAAGCGAUAGUCCCCAGGAAGAGGGAAUAAAUAUAUAAGUUCCUUUUCCUUCCACGUAACCCAAAUCCCCUUCUCGCCCUUCGUGUUUGAUCGUCGAUCAAUUUGCUUGUCCUUUCAAGCUACCGAUUGAAUUUCACAACACCCAAAGGGAUCCAACGCUUGAUUUUUUCCUCUUUUAGUUUGGUUUUUCACUUUGCGUGGGCUAUUUGCUCUUGAUGGGUGCUACUGAACUUCGCUUUCACAGAUUUCUUGCAACUGUUGGUUUCGUGGGUCGCGGAUUCAUGUUUUCUAAUUCACAGAAUUGUUUGCGCCUCUUUUGGGUUCCAUGCUCCUAAAAUUUUGACGUGAUAAUUGGGGGAAUGGACUGGAGUUUUUGGCCAAUUGUCUGUGUUUAUGAAUGAUGUACACUAGGCAAAAGGCUCCAAAUUCCUUCAGCCUUUUCAAAUGGAAACAACGUGAUGAAUCGUCAUCUUUGACCACCAGCUUGCUUCAUAAUGUGCCUAAUGAGAUUGAGCUUUCUAACUAUGGAGGAAUACCAAGUCCUGGUAGCGAGAGCCCUUCGGGCCUUCUUAAUGGAGAAAGUUUAAAUGUUGAACUGAUUGCUGAUCUGGAUCUCUUUUUCGAAAGGCUGUACAGCUAUUACUGCGACAAAGGACUUUGGUGCAUUAUAAUAAAAUGGGCUGUUGAACUUCUAAGCAUUGGCUUCACCAUAUGCUUCUCAGGCUUUUUCUUGUUGUAUGUAAAUUGGGAAGGCCUCCGAAAUGCAAAAUGUGGAAUGGAUGCAGUUGAAUCAGGAACUAAGCCAUGUGAUCUCAUUAAAGAAGCUCUUUAUCAGCAUCCUUUAUCCCCUUUUACGCCUAAAAAGGCUAUAAUUGUCGGAUAUUUGGUUCUUUUCUCUAUAUACUGGAUCUUCUGCUUCUUGAGGUUUUUUGCUCAGUUGAAGGAUACUUUGUGCAUUCGGCACUUUUAUUAUAACAGUCUCCAUGUCACUGACAAUGAAAUCCAAACCAUGCCUUGGGCAGCUGUCAUUGAAAAGGUCGUUCAGUUGCAACGUUCAGAACCCCUUUGUGUGGUUAAGGAUCUAUCGGCUCAUGAUAUUGUUAUGCGCCUCAUGCGGAAGGAAAAUUACUUGAUUGGAAUGCUCAACAAGGGUGUGCUUUCUUUCCCAAUUUCCCAUUGGAUCCCAGGUGCCGGUCCAAUAGUCAAAUCUGCACCAGAUGGCACACCGUUUCGCCUUGUAUUGACAAAAACCCUUGAAUGGACCCUUAACUGGUGCAUACUGCAGAGCAUGUUUGAUCGGAACUUCCGGGUAAGAAGGGAAUUUGUUUCAAACCCAAGAACUUUGAAGAAACGGCUGUUUGUGGUGGGGCUUGCAAUGCUUCUUCUGUCGCCUUUUCUUGUCAUCUUUAUGUUAGUGUAUCUAUUCCUAAAGCAUGCUGAGCAGUUCUACAAUCAUCCAAGUACUGCAUCUUCUCGAAGAUGGUCCAAUUUGUCAAAGUGGCUCUUCAGGGAAUUCAACGAGGUUGACCAUUUAUUCAAGCACCGGAUUAAUAGCAGUAUAGUGCAUGCUUCCGAAUAUCUGAAGCAAUUCCCAUCGCCCAUCAUCUCCAUUAUUGCCAAGUUCAUUUCAUUUGUUUCUGGUGGCUUUACUGCUGUAUUAAUCAUCAUUGCGUUUCUCCAAGAAGAUCUUCUCGAGGGCCAUAUAUUUGGACGCAACCUGUUAUGGUAUGCUGCUGUUUUCGGAGCUAUUACAGCUAUCAGCCGGGCAGCCAUUUCAGAUGAACUUUUGGUCCUUGACCCAGUAGGAACUAUGUCUUUGGUUGUCCAACACAACCACUAUAUGCCUAAGAGAUGGCGUGGUAAUGAAAAUACAGACGAUGUUCGUAUGGAGUUUGAGACUCUGUUUCAGUAUACCGGAAUGAUGCUACUGGAGGAGACAGCUUCGAUCUUCCUUACACCGCUUUUGCUUAUGUUUGUUGUACCGAAGCGGGUUGAUGACAUACUGCAGUUCAUCGGGGAUUUCACGGUUGACAUUGAAGGUGUAGGUCAUGUUUGCAGUUUUAGUGCAUUUGACUUUGAGCACCAUGGAAAUGUCAAAUAUGGUUCACCACACGAUGUACCUCGUGAGCAGAGGAGCUCUCAGGGAAAGAUGGAGAAAUCGUUCUUAAGUUUCCAGAGUAGCUAUCCUUCCUGGGAACCAACUUCUGAAGGAAAGGAGUUUCUCUCAAAACUCAGAACUUUCCGGGACCAGAAGCUUCAUGGGUUAAACACAAGAGAAGGUCUCUCUAUUCGUGGCCGAAUAGACAGCACCACUACUCGCAGAGAAAUUCCAAGAAGCAUGACCACGAGAGGUUACUACACUGAUUCAUUGUGGCUGAUGGAUCCGGAUCAGAGGAAUCACCCCUAUCUUCUUGACUGGUAUUACACUUCUCAGCCUAAUGGUAGAAACAAUUCCCUCUUGCACAACUACCCGAGAGACGAUGAAGUGUUGCCCACGGAUCUAAACGCUGGAGAAUUCUGGGCACCUCCUAACGCGGGGCGAGAAGAGGGAAGAUUCAACGCCGACUUAUCCUGGGAAGCCCGGCUGAAUGAUAACAGGGAGCUUUCCGGCAUGGAGGCAACGACAUCAGGCCAGUUCUUCAAGGAGAGCAUUCUGCAUCACCCUCAUGAGAUGGGUAGCAAUGGAAAUACUGCAGGUAGGAGCCACUGGUGGGACAGAGGAUGGCGUCCUCACGGUACUGCUCACCCGGAAAUAAGCUUCAUGGAGCCACCCGAUUUCCUCCAGCCUUACCCAUCUAGAAACUUGUUCGACAACUCAUCAGACAGGAGCAUAGAAGAAGAGGAAGAAGCAGAACAAGGACAGUUCUUUGACUGGGGAAGUGCCAGAAGGAGGUUGUCCAAAACCACGUACAUAGACGAUAACAUUGAAGCCGGCAUGAAUCUCCAUUUCGACGAUGUAUAUAGUUCUAGACCUCCAGAAACUUCUUUAAUCCUGGAUCCUCAAGACCCACCUGGUUUGGGAUGAAAAAUGGAAUUGAAUUCUGGAUAAGGUUUUUGAGGGUUUCUGGUGGAGAAAAGGGGAUGCAUGUACACGUUUCUUUGGAUUAGAAACAUGCUAAAAUAAACGUUGUUCAAUUCUUUGUUGUGUAUAUAUAUAAGGAUUCUUGUCAGAUCGUUGGUAUAAGAAUGAUACAGAAUCUAAAAUC